AAGAUGAGCGAGAAAAGUUUAACUUGAAAACACAUGGAUUUUAUUUUUUUGCAGAAAAAUAUUUCUGUACAUUUUUUUGGGCAUAAUUUUGAUAAUUUUGAUUCUGAUUUGUGAUGUAAAAAAUCGCCAAGGAUCGCUGAAAAAGUUCAAACUGUUUGAAAUUCUUUUUGAAAUGCAUUAAGCGACCAAAAUUCGCCUAAUGGAGAUCAGCCCUUACGUUUUAAAAAUGUCCGCCUUUAAAGCAUUCACGUCAAUUCUGUUUAAAGUUUGGAAAAAUAUGGCGGUUGUCCAGAGCUGGUUCGUUUUUAUCACGUUUUUUAUUUUGUUGGUGUAUGGAAAACGUUUCAAACCAACUUGGGAGUCUUUAGAUCAACACGUUGCACCUGAAUGGUACGAUGAGGCUAAAAUUGGUAUCUUCAUGCACUGGGGAGUAUAUUCCGUACCUUCUUUUGGGGUACCUUCAGCCGGCAGUGAAUGGUUAUGGCAACGUUGGAUGCAAAAUGAAAGUCAUGCUGUGAAAUUUAUGAGAAACAACUAUCCUCCUGACUUUCGCUAUCCUGAUUUCGCACCACAAUGGAGAGCCGAGUUUUUUAAUGCCAGUGAAUGGGCUGAUCUUAUAAAGGAGUCUGGCGCAAGGUAUUACGUUAUAACAAGCAAGCACCAUGAGGGAUUUACGUUAUGGAAAUCUAAUGUCAGUUGGAAUUGGAAUGCUGUCGAUAUUGGGCCACAUAGAGACCUCAUUGGUGAACUCGCUCAUGCAAUCCGUACGCGCACUAAUGUACAUUUUGGUAUGUACUACUCGUUAUUUGAAUGGUUCCAUCCACUUUAUUUGUUUGAUAAGUCAAACAACUUUACAACACAAGAAUAUGUUAAGAACGUUGCUCUUCCACAGAUGCAUGACUAUGUAACACGUUAUAAACCCGAAUAUAUAUGGUCUGAUGGCGAUGCUGGUCCAACUGACUAUUGGAUGGCGAAAGAAUUUUUAGCUUGGCUGUACAGUGACAGAUGUUGUUUGAAUAAUAUGGUAGACCUAUUAACUGCAGACACAGAAUAUGUACCAGCAACAUCAGCAAUCCCAGUUCGUGAUAAUAUCCUGGUGAACGACCGUUGGGGCCCUGAAGCAACAUGCAAACAUGGAGAUGUAAAAAACUGUGCCGAUCGUUUUACUCCUCAUUCAAAAGUGAAUUUUAAAUGGGAAGACGCGAUGACUCUUGAUAAAGAAUCAUGGGGAUACCGAAGAAAAGCGACUGCCACAGAAGUGUACGACAUCGAAUCUCUCUUAGCAUUGCUAGCAAGAACUGUCAGUGCUGGAGGAAAUUUAUUGAUGAAUGUUGGGCCUACACCCGAUGGAAGAAUUAUUCCAAUCUUUCAAGAGCGCCUAAAACAGCUUGGUUCGUGGAUGCGUAUUAACGGUGACGCUAUAUAUUCAACCAAGCCCUGGCGUGUUCACAAUGAUACUGCCGCAAAGAAGAUCAUGUACACAUCGAAUCGUGGUACAGUGUUCGCGAUAUUACUGCAGUGGCCACCUAAUGGAAUAAUUACUUUGCACGAGGUAGUCCCAACAAGUUCGACUGCCAUCUUUCUACACGGCUACCCAUCUAAGCUCGAUUGGUUUGGAAAGAGCGGUAAACCUGGCAUUCAGAUUGAUGUUAAUCAUAUUAAACAACGACCGUGUUUGUGGGCGUGGUCGUUGCGAAUGUAUUUUGUCCAGUAAAACUUUUUACGUGCGAUGUGAGACGAAAUGUUGAAGACAACUAGGUCCAUUUACGAAUUUAAAAAUUAAAUUGCUACCGUUUUGUGAGCUAUACUAGUAAUCGAAACUUAUGUAAACGAACCAUGAAGUAUAUAUACGAUUGCCUAAGAGCUGUUAGAUAAAGACGGAGGGUAUUUGUUAGGUAUUCUUCAGACUUGUACAUAUAUUCUAUCAAUGUGCCAGGCCAAAUACAUUUGGAAGGAAGCGAAA